AUGAAGAGGGAAAAACAGAGCAGCUUGUCCCAGUUCCUCCUCCUGGGGCUCCCCACCUGGCUAGAGCAGCAAGGCGUGUUCUUUGCUCUGUUCCUGGGCAUGUACCUGACCACAGCCCUGGGGAACCUGGUCAUCAUCCUGCUUAUCAGGCUGGACUCUUGCCUCCAUACUCCCAGGUACUUCUUUCUCAACCACUUGGCUUUCUAUGACAAUUCCCUUUCAUCUAUCACAGUUCCAAAGAUGGUCACGAACAUGCAAACUCAGUUACGAUCUACGCCCUAUGCUGGGUGCAUUUCUCAGAUGUUUUUCUUCUUAAUUUUUGGUUGCCUUGACAAUUUUCUUAUCGCAGUGAAGGUAUAUGACAGGUACUUGGCCAACUGUCAGCCACUCAAAUACACCACUGUCAUGAGGCAGGAGCUGUGCAUCUCAUUAGUACCUGGGUCUUGGUUCUUCUGUUGCAUCCAUGCCCUUUAGCACAGCCUCCUCUUGGUCCAACUGUUCCAAGUGGAUAAACUAACUGAAAGGACAAAUGACAAGAGCCCUGAACGAGAAAGGGUUCAUGCUCAAGAAUCAUUUCAAACCAGUCCCCCAGCUCUUCAUUCUCGCCAAAGCAGUCCCGCUUCCCCGGAAAGCGGCGACUACCAGGAAACACAGCAACAACAAACAAGUUACAGGCGCCUACCAAUCAGCAUCAGUGCCCUUAUCCUUCCACAGGAGACCCAAAAGGUCACCAACAGGAGCCUCCCAGGGCCCUAG